AUGGCUGCCGCGAUCGAGGAAAAGCGCCGAGCAACAUCUGCUGCAGUUGCGGCAGUACAGGCUGGCGGAGGGAAGCGGCGCAUAACCGACUACUUGGAGGAAGAUGCCGCUGCGGCUAAGCGGGAUGCUCACGAGGGCCUUGCGCUGAUGUUUGCGGCCCGCACAAUCCCGGAGGUCACCAUGGACCACCCGCUGUUCAUCAACGCCAUGCUGCUCGUCAACCGCGCCGGCAACGGCUACGUCCCUUGUGCCACGCAUGUGAUGGAUCUCCUCCUGGAGGACGUGGGAAAGAUGGGGUGGGCAAAAGGGGUGGUGGAUCGGACUGGGGAGAUGAGUUCGUUCGUUCGCAACCAUCAUUGGACGCGCGCUUACCUGAGGACCAAGGAGUUGGUGGAGGGGAAGGUGCUGCAGCUGCUGAAGCCAGCGGGAACACGGUUCGGGACACAAUACAUUGCUGUGUCCCGCCUUUGUCAGUUGCGUAGCACCCUCAACGCGAUGGUGCUUUCCGACAGGUGGAAGGAGUGGGCCUCGGGGUCGCAGAAGGAAACUGCCGAGACCUUUGCUGCACGGGUCCUCGAUGACGCAUGGUGGCGGACGGCAAAAUUCUUCUGCAAGCUGAUGCAACUGCCCUACAAGGCGAUGCGGCAGACUGACGCAGAUGCCAAUGGGAUGAUGGGCCGGCUCUACGAUGUAAUGCUGCAGCUUACCGAGGAUGUCAACAACAUCCUGGACGAGGAUGAGCAGCAGCUGAGUAGCGCGGACAAGGAAAAGAUCCGCAGCAUCAUCAAGGACCGCUGGGAUAACAACCUCGCCUGCGCCAUGCACGUUGCUGGCCGAAUCCUCAACCCCGCCAACCAGGAGGAGGAUAUCUUUGGCAGCGACGCCGAAUGCACCAGGGUUAUCAAGGCGUUAAUCAACCAGCACGUGGAGUUCCUCAUCGGCCACGACGGGAAGGGGAGGGAUGAGGGUCCAGAUUACUUGCUUGCCUUGGGUGACGGGCUGAGGGCUUUCUUGGACAUGAAAGGCAGUUUUGGGAUGCCGGAGGCGCUUGCACAGAGGGAGAUGGUGAAGGCGGGUAAGUACAGCAUGGUGAAGUGGUGGCAGUGGAACGGCACAGAUGCACCUCACCUGAUGCGCUUCGCCGUGAGGGUGCUAUCUCAGCCUAUAUCGGCAUCCCCUUGUGAGCGUGGGUGGGGAACUUGGGAUGCAGUCCACACAGCCCGCCGGAACCGCCUUGGAUCUGCAAAGUGCCAGGACCUGGUUUUUGUUGCGCACAACUGGAAUGUUGUGCGCAACUGGCACUCGCGCGCAGAUGUAAUGCCGAACGUUGUGCCAGGGAUUGGGGACGAGCCUCCUAUCCCCAAGGGGUACAACGGGUUGGAUGAGACGGAGGUGGAGGAGGAGGAAGGCGAGGAUGACGUCCUGGAGGACGAGUACGCUUAG